UCAUCAAGUCGAACCAUCAUCAUCUUUCUUCGUCGCAAACCGCAACAUUUGGGAAGAAGACAGAUUCUGAGAGCAAACCAAAAAAAAGCCCUAAAUGAACAGUGGCGUCUUUCAUUUCUAACUCGCUUCUUCCUUGGCUGAUUCGGUUUCUUAAGAGACCUAGUGCUGAUCUUAUGAUGGAUACUGCUAUUGAAAUUAGUUCAGGUAGUGAUAGUGAUGACGAGGUUAUUAGGCCAGUUAGGUCACCGCCUCAAACCAGGGCAAGUCCCCCAUGGCUAGCUGGCAGGAGAACGUUUACUCGGAUGAUUUUACCUACAGGGGAUAGUCAUCCUAGGGCUGAAAUUACAAAUCAGGCUUCUCGCAGUGGUGCCUCAAGUGAUACCCCUCGGCUUGAAGUCUCUAAGCCUUUAACACUAACAGGGAAUAGUCAUGCUAUAGCUGAAAUUACAAGUCAGACUCCUCGCAAUGGUGCCUCAAGUGAUACCUCUCGGCCUGAAGUCUCUAAGCCUUUAAGACUAACAGGGAAUAGUCAUGCUAUGGCUGAACAUACAAAUCAGGCUCCUCGCAAUGAAGCCUUGAGUGAAACUUCUCGGCCUGGAGUCUCUAAGCCUUUAACAUUAACAGGGAAUAGUCAUGCUUUGGCUGAACAUACAAAUCAGGCUUCUCGCAAUGGUGCCUCAAGUGAUACCUCUCGGCCUGAAGUCUCUAAGCCUUUAACACUAACAGGGAAUAUCCAUGCUAACGCUGAACAUACAAAUCAGGCUUCUCGCAAUGGUGCCUUGAGUGAAACUUCUCAGCCUGGAGUCUCUAAGCCUUUUUCAGGGAAUGGGAACACUGUUAACUCGAGAAUUUCGAAUGCAUCUGGUGCUGACUAUGAGAGACUGCCGUCUCAGCAAGCUCUUAAAAGAACCCUUCCACCCUCUUUUAAUCCUCCUCCCAUUCCUUCCAGAAGCGGAAGUCGCUUUAGCUCGGAUUAUAGUCGUCCAGCUGUGUCACCUGUACGCAAUAAGAGUACCUUUGGUGAUCAUUAUAGUGGAGGCCAUGGUGAGAUAGGAAUUCAUCGUGGCACCAAUGGGGUUAGGAUCCUGCCUCCAUCUCUGAAUCAUGGAACGUCUGCUUCUGUUUCUCAUCUUGCUGGUUCAAGUGAUCCAGUGCACAGGUUUGGCAUUGAUGAAGAUAGGAAUGCUGACAACGAUGAGAGGCUGGUCUAUCAGGCUGCACUACAGGGUUUGAAUCAACCCAUGACCGAAAUCGAUCUACAUCCUGGUACUCUUACAGUUCCUCUUAUGAGGCACCAGAAAAUUGCGUUAGCAUGGAUGUUUCAGAAGGAAACGAGAAGUUUGCAUUGUUCAGGAGGGAUACUAGCAGAUGAUCAGGGACUUGGUAAGACGGUCUCCACGAUUGCUCUUAUUCUAAAGCAAAAGCUUGAGUCACAAUUGAAGUCCAAAAAGUCAAGCAAUCAAGAAAUUGAGGCAUUGGUCCUGGAUCCUGAUGAUGAGUCAGACAAUGCAAAGCAUGAAAGUGGUACUCUUGUAAAACCAAAGUUCAAGGUUUCGAACAAUUCGAGUGUUAAUGGCGCUUUAGAUAUGGAGAAAGUCAAAGAUGAAGAAGAGAAUUCUUCAACACGGGCAUUUAAGUGGAAGAGACCAGCUGCUGGUACAUUAAUUGUUUGUCCAGCGAGUGUUGUAAGGCAGUGGGCAAGAGAACUUGAGGAGAAGGUUUCUGAAGAAUCCAAACUUUCUGUGUUAGUCUACCAUGGUGGAAAUAGAACCAAAGAUCCUAAUGAAUUAGCAGAAUAUGAUGUGGUUGUGACAACUUACGCUAUUGUUACUAAUGAAGCUCCCGAAAAACCUUUGGUCGAUGAGGAUGAGAACGAUGAGAAAAAUAUUGAAAAUUAUAGUAUUUCCUUCUCCAAGUAUAAGAAACGGAAAGCCACGGCGAUUGCCAAUAAGAAGAGUAAAAAAAGAGGUAGAAAAAACACUGACAGUUCUUCUUCUGAGCCUGAUUGCGGGGCUCUAGCAAAAGUUGGGUGGUUCAGAAUAGUACUGGAUGAAGCUCAGACAAUAAAGAAUCAUAGAACACAAGUGGCAAAAGCCUGUUGCACUCUUCGAGCCAAAAUGAGGUGGUGUCUGUCUGGAACACCAAUACAAAAUACGAUUGAUGAUUUGUUUAGCUAUUUCAGGUUUCUUAGAUAUGAUCCAUAUGCGGCGUACAAGUCAUUUUAUAAUACAAUCAAGGUUCCAAUUUCCAGAAAUUCUCCCCACGGUUACAAGAAGCUUCAAGCUGUUCUAAAGACUAUAAUGCUGCGCCGCACCAAAGGAACAUUGUUUGAUGGAAAACCAAUAAUUAAUCUACCUCCAAAGAAAGUUAAUUUGAGCAAGGUAGAGUUUUCAGUGGAGGAGCGGUCUUUCUACAGAAAGCUUGAAGCGGAUUCUCGUUCACAAUUCAAGGCCUAUGCUGCUGCGGGAACUUUGAGUCAAAACUAUGCAAAUAUUCUUCUGAUGCUUUUGCGACUACGCCAAGCCUGCGACCACCCACAACUUGUUAAAGGAUAUAACUCGGAACCUGUUGGUAAAGUAUCAGAAGAAGCAGCUAGAAGACUCCCUAGGGAGACUCGAAUGAGACUGAUCAAUCGCUUAUUAGAGUCAUCAUCUGCCAUCUGCUAUGUCUGCGAUGAUCCACCCGAAAACCCUGUUGUUACGCUAUGUGGCCAUGUAUUUUGCUAUCAAUGUGUUUUAGAUUAUAUGAAUGGCGAUGAGGACAUGUGCCCUGUUCCGAGAUGCAGACAACAGCUUGGGCAUGAUGUUGUUUUCUCUGAAUCUUCUCUUAGAAAUUGCAUUACUGAAGAUUUAGGCUGUAGUUCUUCACAUGAUAAAGGUGUCGAUAGAUCAGUUUUUCUAAAAAGCGAGUUCAGUUCAUCAAAAAUCAAAGCUGUCCUCGAUAUCCUGCAGUCGCUUUCCAAACAAGACAGUCCAAACUCAGCACCGCGUGGUCAAAUGCCUUCUUCCUCACAGCUACAGCCAUAUGAUGACGACGAUGUUACCAUUGUAGAGCCAAUGAGUCUUCACUCAUCUUUACCUAGCCAGGGGGCUGUAAAGACGAUAAUAUUUUCUCAGUGGACAAGUAUGCUUGACUUGGUUGAGGUGUGUUUUCUUGAAAAUGGUAUAGUAUUCAGAAGAUUAGAUGGCACAAUGAGUCUAGCAGCAAGAGACACGGCCGUUAAAGAAUUCAGCAAGAAUCCAGAUGUAAAGGUGAUGCUGAUGUCUCUAAAGGCUGGAAACCUUGGGUUGAAUAUGAUAGCUGCAUGUCAUGUUAUUCUCUUGGAUCUUUGGUGGAAUCCUACAACCGAAGAUCAGGCUAUUGAUCGUGCACAUCGUAUUGGACAAACUCGGCCAGUUACUGUAACUCGAAUUACUGUAAAAGAUACCGUUGAGGAUAGAAUUUUGUCUCUUCAGGAAGAGAAAAGGAAAAUGGUUGCAUCUGCCUUUGGUGAAGAUAAUGGUGGAAGCUCUGCAACACGUCUAACAGUAGAUGAUCUCAAAUAUCUGUUUAUGGUAUAGACUACUCGUUGUAUGCUUCACGCGUAGACUUCUUACCGCCGUUUUAACUAGUUUGCUUAGUACAAUAUAUGGGAGAUGAAGGCCAGAAGUUUGAUCAGGAAGAAACCUCGAGCUGCACUUGUUAUUGAUUUGGCUCUCCUACUUAGUGUUAUUGGUUUUGCGAGGGUUUGAACCCAGUCUAGGCAUUUUUGUGUUUCCAAGUUGCAUCGAUUGGAAACAGGCCAUAUGUAAAUAACUAAAAUCUUUUCAUGGUAUAUAUCGCGUAGGAGUUUGACCUUAAAUCUAAAGGAUCUAUUGCUGGAUAAUUUCAACCAUUGGUACCCU